GAAGCUUAAUUCUAGAGUUGUCUUGGUGAUAGUGAGCUGGAAUAGUGAAGAUGGCCUCCCAAGUGCGUCAGAACUACCACAAGGACUGUGAGGCUGCUGUUAACAAGCAGAUCAACCUGGAGCUCUAUUCCUCCUAUGUUUACCUCUCCAUGUUCUCUUUCUUUGACCGGGAUGCUGUUGCCCUGCGUCACUUUGCUGAGUUCUUCAAGGAGCAGUCCCAUGAGGAACGGGAACACGCCGAGAAACUGAUGGCAUUCCAGAAUAAACGUGGAGGCCGGGUCCACCUGCAGGACAUCAAGAAGCCAGAGCAGGAUGAGUGGGGCAAUGGUCUGGAGGCAAUGCAGAGAGCUCUGCAGAUGGAGAAGGAUGUGAACCAGAGUCUGCUGGAUCUGCACAAACUCGCCUCUGGCAACACGGACCCUCAUCUGUGUGACUUCCUGGAGAGGCACUACUUGGAUGAGCAAGUGAAGAUGAUCAAGAAGCUGGGAGAUCACAUCACCAACCUGAAGAGACUGGGAGCCCCUGAGAAUGGCAUGGGAGAGUACCUGUUUGACAGGCUCACCCUGGGGGAGAGUGACUGAACUGACUGCAGGGAGCAAGCUUGUGUCCAAAUGCACAAUCUGCAGGGACUGUGGCUUCUAAUACAUUACAGCCCUUGGCUGCAUUGUAAUUUAGUAAAUGAAUAAACUGUUCAGUGGACUAA